AUGGUUCUUGUAACAAUAUUCAGCCGAAAUCUUCGAUCAUCUUGUAAUAUUCUAAUCGGAGCUUGUUGUUUUUUUGAUUUAAUUCUUUUCACAGAUAUCAUUGCAUUUGUAUAUUCUUUAUAUAUUGAAACACCACAAGGUAUUCUGAAAUAUUUUAAGUAUGACUUGUUAACUAAAAAACAUAUUUCAGAUAUUUGUUUCUACAUAAAUAUUCCAGCCGAUUUCGGUGCAUUUGCUUCAAAUGCUUGUGUUUUAAUGGUUGGAGUUGAUCGUCUUCUCGCAAUUACAAAUCCUCAAAAAUAUAUGUAUAUCGAGACUCAUAAGAAAAAAUAUCUAACGCUUCUUUUAAUGUUUCCAAUUUCAUAUGCCUCCUAUUUGCUAUACGUUGGAUUCGGACAACGAAACCCAAAAAAGUUAGUUUCACGGUAAUAACUUUUAUAUGAACUUUGGAACUUUUAGAACAGUAAUUUGUCUUUUGCCUGAAUCACUUGGUCAUGCUUACGAUCUUUUUGCAAUGACUUCAUUUAUUAUCAAUUUAUUCGUUCCGCCGAUUUAUAUUUAUGUAUAUUUUAAAAUAAAAAAGUGUCAAAUGAGUGAGUAACUAAUAUGAGUUAUUUGGAUACGUGGUCCAAAAAUUUGCAACUUUUUUCAUUUUAGAAACAUUUUUCAGAAGCCUCAACUCAAUCAGUUUUCAAAAGUCUAUUUGUGACAGUAAUAUUAGUUGUUAGUGGUUGGAUGACAACUGAUUUAAUCGGAGUUCUUACUGUCAUAAUUCCAAUGAAUCCCGAAGUUGCAAGAAUGAUUCAAUUAUAUUGUGGAGCAUUUAUUUUCACAUCAUCCUCAUUUAACGCAUAUGUUUAUUAUCGAAUAAGUAAAGAUUAUCGAUCAGCAAUUCGAUUGAUGUUUCGAUUGGAUAAACCUGGACAAAAAUGGAGAACUAAAUCACUGAAUGGGAUAAAUCAACCAACUUUUGAUGGAUCUACAAAACAAGAUGGGCCACCGACAACAACGAGAAGGGAUACAACAGUUUAUCCGAAUUCUAGAAAAUUUUAA